AUAAAGGGAAUUACUGGCAAGGGAGCUGUAACUAUCUCACCACCGAACCUAUUACUUUUCCAAGUUCAGAAAAGUAUUACAAGAACAAGAACCAUUUCUUAUUCAGAUAAGAAUUCAAGAAGUUGACUACUACAGGAGGGAAUCUGAAAAUCUGAAAAAAUGACGGGAGCAAAGAGGAAAAAGAGAAGCGUGCUGUGGGGCAAGUUGCACACUCCCCACCGAGAAGACAUUAAGCAGUGGUGUAAGAGGCGCCUACCUAUCUUGGAAUGGGCACCGCAGUACAAUCUGAAGGAAAACCUGCUUCCAGACACUGUGUCUGGGAUAAUGUUGGCAGUUCAACAGGUGGCACAAGGGCUGUCCUUCGCUAUGCUUUCAUCUGUACACCCUGUUUUUGGCUUAUAUGGAUCUCUGUUUCCAGCCAUCAUUUAUGCUAUAUUUGGAAUGGGACGCCAUGUUGCCACAGGCACCUUUGCCUUGACAUCCUUGAUAUCAGCCAACGCUGUGGAACGACUGGUCCCUCAGAGCAGCAGGAACCUCACCACACAGAGCAACUCAAGUGUGUUGGGCUUAUCCGAGUUUGAGCUGCAGAGAAUCGGGGUUGCAGCGGCUGUUUCUUUCUUGGGUGGAGUGAUUCAGCUGGUCAUGUUUGUGCUGCAGCUGGGCAGUGCCACAUUCCUGCUUACAGAGCCUGUGAUCAGCGCCAUGACCACAGGGGCCGCCACCCAUGUCGUGACAUCACAAGUCAAGUAUCUCUUGGGAAUCAAAAUGCCAUAUAUAUCCGGACCACUGGGAUUCUUUUAUAUUUAUGCGUAUGUCUUUGAGAACAUCAAGUCUGUCCAGCUGGAAGCACUGCUCUUAUCCUUGCUGAGCAUCAUUGUCCUUGUUCUCGUUAAAGAGCUGAAUGAACAGUUUAAAAGAAAAAUUAAAGUUGUUCUUCCUGUCGACUUAGUUUUGAUCAUUGCCGCCUCAUUUGCUUGCUAUUGUACCAACAUGGAAAACACAUACGGAUUAGAAGUCGUUGGGCACAUUCCAAACGGGAUUCCUCCUCCCCGUGCUCCCCCAAUGAACAUCCUCUCUGCAGUGCUCACUGAAGCUUUCGGAGUUGCACUUGUAGGCUAUGUGGCCUCGCUGGCUCUUGCACAAGGAUCUGCCAAGAAGUUCAAAUAUUCAGUUGAUGACAACCAGGAAUUUUUGGCCCAUGGCCUCAGCAACGUGAUCCCUUCAUUUCUCUUCUGCAUCCCAAGCGCUGCCGCCAUGGGAAGGACAGCUGGUUUGUACAGCACCGGCGCAAAGACGCAGGUGGCUUGUCUAAUAUCUUGCAUUUUCGUCCUUAUUGUCAUCUAUGCAAUAGGACCUCUGCUGUACUGGCUGCCCAUGUGCGUUCUUGCAAGUAUUAUUGUUGUGGGCCUGAAGGGAAUGUUAAUACAGUUCCGGGAUUUAAAAAAAUACUGGAAUGUGGAUAAAAUCGAUUGGGGCAUAUGGAUCAGUACUUACAUUUUUACAAUAUGCUUUGCUGCCAAUGUGGGAUUGUUGUUUGGUGUUAUCUGCACCAUAGCUAUCGUGUUAGGACGCUUCCCAAGGGCAAAGACUUUAAGCAUAACAGACAUGAAAGAAAUGGAAUUGAAGGUGAAGACAGAAAUGCAUGAUAGCACAGAGAACUGGCCUCCUUCCAAAAGGACCAAUGUCAAGGUCUUUCCAGGUAGCCUGAAAACAGGAAGUAACGUCAGGAGUCUUUCUGUGACACCCAGGAGAAUGCCUGAAGGAGUAACGCCUUGCUUGGUUGUGCAAUCCAGAGCUUGCCAGGAAACUUCGCAACAGAUAAAAAUCAUCUCAAUAAACAACCCACUUGUUUUCCUGAAUGCAAAGAAAUUUAGUGCUGAUUUGAUGAAAAUAAUCCUAAAGGAAAGUGACAGCAGCCAACCACUUGAUGAUGUCAGCAAGUGUGAACAGAACACCUUGCUCAGUUCCCUGUCCAACGGCAACUGCAAUGAAGAGGCUUCCCAGCCGUGCUCCAGUGAGAAGUGUUCUUUGGUCCUGAAUUGCAGCGGCUUGACCUUUUUUGACUACACAGGAGUCUCUACGCUUGUUGAGCUCUACCUUGAUUGCAAGAGCAGGAGUGUGGAUGUGUUCUUAGCCAACUGUACAGCAUCCUUGAUAAAAGCAAUGACAUACUAUGGAGACCUAGACACUGAAAAACCAAUUUUUUUUGACUCGGUACCUGCUGCAAUAAGUAUCAUCCAAUCAAAUAAGAAUUUGAGCAAGGCCAGUGACCACAGUGAAGUCUGAGACCCAUGUGUUGAAGUGCACGCCUCAUCUUUGGCAGCUGCCCCAAAGAGGCCAGAUCCUGGCAUUUUGCACACAUUUUGGUGUAUAUACAGUAUAUCACUCAGUAAGAAUGAUAUGACUUGGCAACUGCAUAGCCACUGGCCAAGACUUGCUGACCUUCUAUUUUUUUCUAAUUUUUCUUAAUAAACAGAUUCAUUUAGUUAUUUCAUAUAGGCAUCAAUAUGCAUUUAGCUUUAGUUUACUGAACAGUAAACAUGCUUUUAUUUCCUGUUAUGAGAGUAUUUUGUAUGGUAUUAUUUCUUUUUUGUUGUAAGCUAACAAGUGGAGAAACACUUUUUUUCAGAAAUGGUUUGGAUUAUUUAUAAUCCAUUUGUAAAAAAUAUUACAUCAUCUAGUUAAAAAAAAGAGUGUUAGCAAAUGUGCCAUUUCUCCAUAGUUUUUAUCCCAACGUUAUUUAAACAUCAGUAAGACAAAGUACCACCUUAUACAGUGAAAAGUGAAAUCUACAGAUAUAAAGCAGCUGAGAAAAAAGACAACAUAAAAGUUAUUAAUGUCAAUGCCCAUCAACACAAUCACUCUGACAAUAUUCAUGUGUUCAACUAUGAGUUCAUAUGUGGAAGAAAACUGGUGUUUUAGUAAAACCAAGUUCGUGACAUUAAUCUGUUGAGUUGUGGAUACUGGAAACCAUUUGUGUGUACAAUCAGAUAAUUCUGACUACUGCAUUGCCACACAAAAGAUAUUCUGCUUUCAGACUUAUUUUAUUGCAACCAGAGAAUAUGAGAAUUUGAUAUAUAAUUAUUUCACAGAUAUGAUCUUUUCAAUAACAAAAUAUCAUAAGUAGAAUGCUUUUGUGCUUUUGGAUACAAGAUUAACCUUUAGAAAUUUUGAAUUUUCUACUUGAGAUAUAAAAAGUCAGUAAAAUGUAAUCUGUUUUUAAUCUAUACUGAGAUAGAUAUAUGGCAGAUAGAACAACAGACAGAGAGACAGAAGACAGGUAGGCAACAGACAGACAGAUGACAGAUAGAUCUCCAUGGUAUGUUUUCCAUUUUCUUUUGUUAGAGGUGAGCUUGAAUGUGAUUAUCUGUAAAUUUGCUCAAAUAAUACGAUAAUGUACAACACUAAUGGCCAGACAUGAGUUUAAACUUUUUUCAUGCUUGUAUAUUUUAUUUUUAACUAUAUACAACUAUGAGAUCUAACAAUUUUCUAAUAAAUUGUCUUAUAUAUGAAGCCAUAGAUUAAAUUAUGCUUUAUUCUUAAUGGUAUCUAAACUAUUAUACAAACUUACUAACACUGUCAGAAAACAAAAAACAGAUCCUACAAAAAAGAGUUUGAAAAACAAGUUAAAAAUAGAAAUUAAACAUUGGCCUUCUAGUGUGGUGCUUAUGGGCAUCUGUAAGAGCAAAUUCUAACUCCUGUCCAAGUGACAGACUGGAAUAUUUCUUAGGCAAUGCAAAGCAAACAUUCACAUGAUCCACCAUUUUAACACCUCAGUCUUUGGUAGGAUGAAAUAAUAAAUGAAGAUGCCAAAAAUAGUGUUCCAAAUUUUCAUGGUCAUUUUCAUUUUUACUGAAACAAAUUAAAAAGAACAGUCUUGGUUCCCAAAAUCACUUCAAUCUCUUUGUCACGUAUUGGGGUAGUGCCAAGUAAGGUGACCAGUAUUGUUUACAGAUGCUUUUCUAAGGAAAAGUUGAGGGGAACUUAGGAAUAAUUUCCUUAUAAAAAGGAGUCUUAUUCUGUACCACCCACUUUCAUCUUGUUAAUGGUACACGGUGGUGAUAUUCUUCAUCCCCAAUCCAUUGGACUCUAUCAUAUAAUCAUGAGUCAUGCUGAGCCAAGAAAAGAAAUAUAUUAUGGUACAUGUAAAGUGAUAUUUUGCUCUACAAGUUUGGCCUUAAUUAAACUCAUGAAUUAUAGGCAUUUUUAAUUUUUUGUAGACUAUGAACCCUGGCUGAUAUUGAAGUCAUCAUUGCUGUAUGGUUUAUUCUGUUUUGUUGUUAAUGCUCAGACAGUAUUGUCUGAGAAAUUACAUCUGAGUGCAUUUAAGUAUUUAGAGUAUAAGUUUAAUGCAUAGAAAGUUAACCCCAUUAAUUUCAGUAUCAAACAUUGUUACAGUCAAAGACAAGGAAGACCAAACCACACACUUUAAAAGUCCACUGCUCUGUAGUUUAUGCCAAGACCACAAUGACUCUUUACCCCAAGAAAGUCUCUUGACUUAAGUUCUGAGACUCCAAAGACUGCACAUAAGUGUUAGACAUACAAGUGUUUAUCUCAAAGCAGAAGCAGAGAAAGCAGAAGCUACAACGUGGCUCUAGUGUUGCAAUGUUUUCUAUAAGCCCACUGACCGUAUGGGGCCAUGUUAUUUUUAUAUGAUAAACUACUCCCAUAGAACUUACUAUAGUCAAAUAACAUUAAAAAAAAACUGACCUAUACAAGUGUUAAGAACCUAAUAUGACAGACAUGAAAUAUGUAACUAGGAAAAACUGUUAACAUUAAACAUCACAUUUAUGCAAAUUAAAUGCCCUUAAAAUUUUGCCAUUUGUCUUUCAUUUUAAAGGUUAUUUGCCCUCAAUUAUAUAAUUUCAGUGUUAUAAAGUUUAGCUUAAACUCCUUUGCAAUAAUUUAUUUGACAGAACUCCAUUCUAAAACCAUGCAAUGUAAUGAGAAUAGAGAUCUUUCCUUUUUAAUGAAAACAUUAGCAUGUUAAUACCCCGUAUGAAUAAUGCCUGACAUUCAACAAUUGUGGAAAUAUGUUGGUAUGUUGCUGAACAUACAUACACCUCUGAAAUGCCAGUUCUGCAUCCUGUGGGUAGAUGAUCACAUAUGCUUUCUGGCAGCGAGUUUAUUGCCAGAUUUUAAACAGGGAGUUAGUUAUGUGGUGCUUGUGGCGCUUUCAGAACCCAAAGAUUUGUAGUCUGGAAUCAUGUAGUCUCAUAUGCUGCACUUAUUUUUAUAUUUUUCAAUGCAGUUAAUUAUUGUUUUUAUAUAAUUAUUUGUACUAACUCAGCAUGGAACAACCAAUUUACAUGGAA